UGCUUUUUAGUUAGCCACUAAAUUUUUUUUUACAAGGACAGUUGCAUAAAUCAAAGAUUCCCACAAAAUUCAGUGCAAAAAAAAUCUCUUUAGGACAGAGUCGCCUAUAAACAAAAAAACACUGCUUGAUAAUUAUCUCUCUGGCUAAUUUGACAACAAUAAAUAGUCAAUAAUUAUACAACCUGCAGUGCAUAUAAGGAGAUGCAUUCCCUUGACAUGCGCAAAAGAAAAAAGUACACAGAUAGUUCUGAUACCUCUUUUAUUUCCCACUCAAGGACUGAAGGGUGUGCUUUUGUCUGUGCAAGAAUACACUGCCUCCCAGUGGCCUCAAGAUGACAUUACAAACCGUCAUUCUGGGUGUUGACAUUUUACUUUCAGUUUUACGUCAUUGUGCAUACGUAAGUAUAUAUACACACACGCAUAUAAACGUUUGGGUCUUCCAAAUGGAGCAUUAAUUGUAAACAAAACCAAAUAAACCCGCACAUGCAAGUGCACUCCUCAUUGUUUUAACAUAUAACCUCGUUAAUGCAUGGCCUGCAUAAUCCUCGAACUUCUCCACUGACUUCCUCUAAGUGCACUAAACUAUGCUCACUUCCUCCUACAACCCCCGGUGUCAUUGUAUUUAGGGACAGUUUUAUUCUGACUACUAUUGACAAGAUCCUAGACGUUCUUUUGGAUAAUGCACGUGAUCUGAAGGCAGAAGGACAAUGCAGAACAUCAAGUGUGUGGUGGUGGGAGACGGAGCUGUGGGAAAAACCUGCCUGCUGAUUUCCUUCACCACAAACGCCUUUCCCAAAGAAUACGUUCCCACUGUGUUUGACAAUUACAGCGCACAAGUGCUCGUGGACUCAAAAACUGUCAGUCUGAACCUGUGGGAUACAGCAGGACAGGAGGAGUACGACCGUUUGCGUACUCUUUCUUACCCACAGACCAACAUCUUCAUCAUCUGUUUCAGCGUCACCAGUCCUCCAUCUUUUGAGAACGUCAAGCUGAAGUGGCACCCCGAGGUGUUUGAACACUGCCCGAAUGUGCCCAUCCUUCUAGUGGGCACUAAGAAGGACCUGAGGGACGAUCCGGAGGAGCUGAAGAAGCUGAAGGAGAAGGGUCUGUCGGUGGUGUCCCAGCAGCAGGGGACGGCGCUGGCUAGACAAAUACAUGCCCGGAAAUACAUGGAGUGUUCAGCGCUCAGCCAGGACGGGGUGAAAGAGGUCUUCACAGAAGCGGCGCGGAUUUUCCUUCAUCCCAAACAACCGUCCUCCAAGAAAUCAUGUGUGCUGCUGUAAAACUGACAGGAAGUCAAAAUGAUUAGCCAUUCUCUGAAUUAUCUUUCUCUUCUUUUUCAAAUAUUUACCAAAUGAUGUUUAACAGAGUAAGGGA